AUGGGUUCUACAACGGAACAUCCACUUAUCAUCAACAAAGGUGCUGAGGGCAUCUCUUACUACACUCCAGCACAAGUCCCGCCGUCAGGAACAGCCAAAGACCCACAGCCCAGUGGCCACCCGAUCCCCAAGCCAUUUCAACCCUUUACCAUUCGGGGAGUCACUUUCCAGAAUCGUGUCUUCCUGUCGCCUCUGUGCCAAUAUUCUGCUCACGAUGGCCACCUGACCGAUUGGCAUCUCACCCAUCUAGGAGGAAUCAUCCAACGUGGACCGGGACUGACCAUGGUUGAAGCAACCUCGGUUACUCCAGAAGGACGCAUCACCCCGGAAGAUAGCGGUCUAUGGAAAGAUAGCCAAAAGGGACCAUUGCGAAGAAUUGUCGAAUUCGCUCACAGUCAGAGUCAAAAGAUAGGUAUUCAACUGGGUCAUGCCGGUCGGAAGGCUAGCACUGUGGCUCCCUGGUUGAGCUUGGGCAACACUGCUUUAGAAGAAGCUGGAGGCUGGCCGACAGAGACCGUGGCCCCUAGCGCCAUUGCCUUUCAGCCGACGUACCCUCAUCCAAAUGAGUUGACCCUUGAGGGCAUCCAGAGGAUCAAGGAUGCCUAUGUUGCCGCAGCCAAAAGAGCCAUUGAUGUCGGAUUUGAUGUCAUCGAGAUUCACAACGCCCACGGAUAUCUGCUGCACGAAUUCCUGAGCCCUGUCAGCAACAAGCGAACAGAUCAAUACGGAGGCUCUUUCGAGAACAGGACCCGAUUCACACGAGAGACAGUGGAAGCAGUUCGAGCCGUCAUCCCCAAAGAAAUGCCGCUUUUUCUCCGUAUCAGCGCGGACGACUGGUUAUCGGGACAAGAAGACUUCCCUGAAAGCUGGACGAUAGAUGAUACAGUCAAGCUUGCGCCUAUCCUACAGGAACUCGGCAUUGAUCUUCUCGAUGUCAGCUCAGGAGGUGUUCACCCCUCACAGAAAAUCAAGGGAGGCCCGGGCUAUCAAGUGCAUUUCGCCAAAGCAGUCAAGGAUAAGGUUGGAGCUUCUCUAGCCGUGACUGCAGUGGGCACAAUCACAAGCGGUCCCCAAACUUUGGAGAUUCUUGAACGUGCAGGACUGGACGCCGUCUUUGUCGGUCGCUAUUUCCAAAAGAACCCCGGACUUGUAUGGACCUUCGCAGAAGAGCUCAAUACUGAGAUACAUCUGGCGAACCAGAUCAGCUGGGGUUUUGGAGGCCGCUCUAUCAAGGGCAAGCAUCUGGAGAAGUCGGCCUGA